CAGGUGAAAAGACACUGCACAUUGUCCCUCCUUUCGACUCUCAAGAAAGGAAGAGAAAGGAAAACAAGGCGACUGCAUCAUAGCCUGUUAGUCUACCAGAUAAACCGAGUACGAUGACCAUGUACAUGUACCUUGCGUAUUGCAUUAUGAAAUACACUGGCAAGAUAGGUACCAAUAAUUUAUCGAUAAAGUGAACCCUUUAUCGAAGGCUCAAUGGGUGUGCCCAGGUCCCAGGUGUUGAAGUCGGCUCCAACAAGAACCACUGGCAGUUUAUCAGAAUUCCACCGUACAACAUAUGGCAACCAUCCAGACUACCACGGCUUUACGAGAAGCAAUGCGGUUCGCUGAAUUAGACGUACCAGUUGGCAAGCGAAAAUUCCAAGACGAAAGCGUCGAUACAAACCCAAAAAAACGGCGAGCCCCGAAUACCCAGACCGAGACCACCCAAUCCCAGUUGUCGACCACUAGCCCAUACUACGAAGUAUGCAGGCCUCUCCUCACUAGACUGGGCGCUGGAUUCGAAGUCAAGACGAUGUCCGUUCUGCCAUCAACUAGCAUCAGCAAGCAUGUCGAACGCGCCCUCGAACACCUCGGCCGCUUCAGCGCCUGGGAUCAAACAGUAUCUCCUGGAGUCGUGCUGUUAUGCGCCAAAUCUGCCGCCUCGAACAAGCUCAUCACCAUUUCGGAGGUAGUCAGGCGGCGCAUUGCCGAAGCCGAGCAGAAGUGGUUUCAAUACAAUGUGCUCAGCGAAACGGUUCACGAGGAGGUAAAUCAACCGGCAAAGGGUCCCUCAGUGGUGAAGGACACGAUAAUUGGCGUCGAUACCGAGCAAGACCCCGAAGAAGAUUAUUUUGAGACGAUACAGCCGACCGUCCACGAGCGAGCGGUCAAACCGGUUAGGCUCAGAUACAAAGCAUACAUGAUCGUCCUGUUAUCCCGGGUUAGGCUUGACGAGUUGAAGGGGGGCCAGAACAUUUCCCUGCAGACGAACGAGCAACAUGUUGAGUACCUGCGGAAGAAGAAAAUGGGGUUGGUUGGCUGAAGAGUUGUCGGGAACCGACAGAUGCUCGGCAGAGCAUUACUCUAUCUUCGCCGGUUUAGGUCCGCGGGAGAGGCCGCUUCGGAGCUUCAACAUUGCGCUGUACCCAUGAUACCCAAUAUAAAUAAUCGUCAAGGACGACCGUCGCUGGAUGUUCGUUUGGAAGACUCCCUUCAGACGGAAACGCCACGCAAAUGAUCCGAUAAU